UCUCACCACCCCAGAUGUUAGCCACAGCCUGGCCAAGCACUUGGGGGCAAUAGGGGUUUCUCUGGGUGUUCCUUUGGAAGGAGAGGUGAGAAUGAUAACACCUUCGGGUGAUGGAAGGAAAAGGGAGUAGCCAGAGAGCAAACAGCUAUUUGCUGCCUACCCCAGCAGGGCCCUCUGUCCUCACACUGGGAAGCCAGACUGCUGCAGGGCUCAAUAAUGGCAGCGACUUUCGAUGGUGUCCAGCGAACUCGACUUGACCCCAUCACUCUUGCUGCCUUCAAAGAUACGGGGUGGUAUCAGGUCAACCACAGUGCUUCAGAAGAGCUGUUGUGGGGCCAAGGAGCUGGCAUAGAAUUUGGCCUGGUGACUACAUGUGGGAAUGACUCCUCAGACUUCUUCUGUACUGGCAGGUGUGUGCUGAGAGGCUGGGGAACUGCACAGCUAUCAGUGAUCCUAGUGUCACUCUACCGUCCCUUCCACAGUGGGCUGGGAUGCCAUUACCUGCACCUGGACAAGGGAAAUUGCUCCUCAGACCCCAUGCUGGAAGGCUGCCGCAUGUACAAACCCUUAGCCAAUGGGAGUGAAUGCUGGAAGAAGGAAAAUGGACUCCCAGCUGGGGUGGAGAAUCCCCACGGAGAAAUCUACCAUUCCCAGAGUCGUUGCUUCCUUGCCAACCUUAGUGCACAACCACUCCCUGGGGACAAAACCAGCCAUUCUUCUCGGAUCACACAUCUCAAGGAAGCGGAGCUCACUGGCCGUUGCUACUUACACCAGUGCACACAGAGAGAAGCAUAUGUAGUGCGGGUGGCGGGAUCACCCUGGGUCCCAUGCCUUCCAGGAAAGCAUAUUAAGGUGGGUGUAAUAAGAGUAACAGCUGUGCUGCACUGGCAAAAGGAAAUUGGGAAAUGCUUGCACUACUAUCCAAUCUGUUUUAAUGUUCCUUUUUCACUAAGUACCCACUGGGCUCGAAACUUUGAUUUACAAUAUAUAUUUUCCUCAAAGGAAAAUGAGCUGGUAAUUGGGGCUGCAGCUAAACUCUGCUACGUACACAUUUCCUUGCAGAUACCCGGGUAUUCUGGUCUCCUCUUCUGUCCCCAAGGUCGGCUGUGUCGGACUAAUGAAGGCACCAAUGCAGUUACUUCUGCACCUCUGAGUCUUUCAACCCAAGACCUGCUUUUCCAGCUUCCUUUAGAAUUAGCUGGGUCUCCAGGCUACUCACUGGGCAAGGGACAGAGAGAAGAGCUGGCUGAAGCAGUCCUGCAGGCUCUGGUGAACAGAAGUGGCGCUGGCAGGUAAAAGGAUAGUUCAGGCUGAGUAUUAUAAAAUGGGCCAUCUGUCCCCACUCCUUAGCCUGCACUUGCUCCAUGAAAUACACUCUUCCGGGACUAUCCUUCCAUUAAGAUUCAAAUGUCUAUUUAGGUGCUAUUUCCACAGCCCAUCUAUUACCACUGAUUUGGUAUUCACUGUGCAUAUGUGGAAGGCCCCAGGCUGCCAAGGACCUUCAGUUGCCAUGCUGUACCAGGCCCUGGCCCUGACUCUCCACGAGAAACCUCUAGAAGCGUAUCAUGGAGAAGCCAGCUUCACCACAGAGUACAGCAAGUAAGAUGAUAUCCUGAGCGAUUUUCUUUUGAAAUCCCCACAGUCCAGGUAUUUAAAUUUGCACCUAUUAAGCACACAUUCAUGUAUAUACUGUUCUAUACAGGGUCAUGUAUUUCAGAAAAUAUCCCUAAUAUGAUCACCUUGGGCCUAUGUGAUAUCCUUCUCAAACACAGUACUACAGUUCAUCCAUCUCUUUAGGACUUAAGGACCCCAGUGCUCUUCCCUUUAAGUAGUACUCGGAGAUCAUGUCUAGCUACCCCAGCACCACGGCACCACCUGAGCCAAUUUCAUUACCAAAAUAGCAAGUCCUUUCAACAGUUUAAAUUGCUGGAGGACUUGAAUCUUGGUCUUAUUCCUACUUUCAGGUCCUAUAUUCCUCUGAUUUGAGGUUUAAUGUUUUGACGAAACAGGGUUUCAUGAUAUACAGUAUAGAGCUAUACGAAUGUCCCUUCACCUCCUCAGCCUAGGUAUUACUCCAGGCCCAAUACUGCCUUCUAUGCUCCUAGGUUGCCGGUUACCUCGAACCGUAAUCCCUCCAUGACCCACCUAUUUCUGUCCAUGGGACUCUGCCUACUGCUGCUAAUUCUAGUGGGUACACUAGGUAUUGUGGCCUAUCAAAAACAAACUACUCUUCGAGUGGGACCAUCUACUCCUCACCAUCACCAGAUACACGGCACAAGGGGCCCAACUGGAAGAAUAAGGGAAGCUUGAUGUUACCUAAAACAUGACAUGGGGUAGGAUUAUUUCUUGCAACAACUGAAUGGAAAAUCUAAUGUGUAUACCUAAGUUCUGCUUUCUUCAGAACGCUUCCUUCCCAAGUAUCAACUCUGUACUAGCCUUGCAAUGAAAGAAGGUGGUUUUGAUCUUAUGACUAAAAUACAUUAUGAUUAUUAUAAGAGUAUGUGACCAUAUAUUUUGGUUAUGAAGAUGUAUUUGUUAUUUUAGUACAAAAAAUAAACUUUUUGAAGUGUCACUUAUUUU